ACCGCCCCAUCACUAAAAGUGUUGCGAGGAUUUGCUUCCUGAGAUUCUUCUCAUCUGCGUGACUUUCCUCGCGAUGGACGUGCGACGUCGUCCCGCGGCGAUGUGCUGCCUGAUCGCGGUCUUCUUGUCGUGCUGCGCGGGCUCGCCUUACGUGGAGCGUCAGUACCUCAACGAGUGGGCCGUGGAGAUCCCGGGCGGCCAGGAAGCUGCUGCCGGCAUCGCCCGGGACUUGGACUACCAGCUGGUCCGACAGAUCGGGGCCCUAAAGGACCAUUUUUUGUUCAGACAUCGGCAACAUCCCCGCAGAAUGAAGCGAGGCGCAGAGCACAUCACCAGGCAGCUGUCGGAGGAUGACCGGGUGCUGUGGGCGGAGCAACAGUACGAGAAGCGUCGCCACAAGCGAGCGUCCCUGGGGGAGUGCAGGGACUGUCCUGUGGACAAACUGUUUGACGACCCCAUGUGGAACCAGCAGUGGUAUCUGCAAGACACAAGGACGUCGUCCUCGCUGCCCAAACUGGACUUGCACGUCAUCCCCGUGUGGCAGAAGGGCAUCACCGGGCGGGGAGUGGUCAUCACGGUUCUGGAUGACGGACUGGAGUGGAACCACACCGACAUCCACUCCAACUACGAUCCAGCAGCCAGCUACGACUUCAACGACAACGACCCAGACCCAUUUCCCCGAUACGAUGCCACCAAUGAAAACAAGCAUGGCACCAGGUGUGCCGGGGAGAUCGCCAUGCAGGCAGACAACAACAAAUGUGGCGUCGGAGUGGCCUUCAACUCCAAGGUCGGAGGCAUUCGCAUGCUGGAUGGGAUUGUGACGGACGCCAUCGAGGCCAGCUCCAUCGGCUUCAACCCCGAACAUGUGGACAUCUACAGCGCCAGCUGGGGACCCAACGAUGACGGCAAGACGGUGGAAGGCCCGGGUCGUCUGGCUCAGAAAGCAUUCGAGUACGGCAUCCAGAAGGGCCGAGGCGGCAAAGGCUCCAUCUUUGUUUGGGCCUCAGGUAACGGCGGGCGGCAGGGAGAUAACUGCGACUGUGACGGCUACACAGACAGCAUCUACACCAUCUCCAUCAGCAGCGCCUCCCAGCAGGGCUUGUCUCCAUGGUACGCUGAGAAGUGCUCCUCCACCCUGGCUACAGCCUACAGCAGUGGGGACUACACCGACCAGAGGAUCACCAGCGCUGAUCUCCACAACGAGUGCACUCAGACCCACACAGGAACGUCGGCCUCAGCCCCGCUCGCGGCCGGAAUAUUUGCCCUGGCACUGGAGCAAAAUCCAGACCUGACCUGGAGAGACCUGCAGCACAUCGUGGUCUGGACGUCAGAGUUCGAUCCCUUGGCUAAUAAUCCAGGCUGGAAGAGGAACGGAGCAGGACUGAUGGUGAACAGUCGCUUCGGUUUCGGACUGCUCAAUGCCAAAGCCUUGGUUGACCUCGCUGACCCCGCCAACUGGAAGCACGUGCCGGAGAAGAAGCAGUGUAUAGUGAGGGAUGACUCCUUCCAGCCCAGGGAUCUGAAGGCCGCAGGGGAGACCACCAUAGAGAUCCCAACUAGAGCGUGUGCGGGCCAGGAGAACGCCAUCGCUUCUCUUGAGCAUGUGCAGGUGGAGGCCAGCAUCGAAUACACCAGGAGAGGAGAUCUGCACAUCACACUGACCUCGCCAGCUGGCACCAGCACAGUGCUGCUAGCUGAGCGCGAGCGAGACACUUCGUCCAAUGGCUUCAGGAACUGGGACUUCAUGUCAGUCCACACUUGGGGGGAAGACCCUUCUGGAACCUGGACCAUCAAAAUCACCGACACUUCGGGCCGCAUGGAGAACGAGGGUCGGAUCUUGAACUGGAAGCUGAUCCUGCACGGCACGUCAGAGAAGCCGGAGCACAUGAAGAAGCCUCGCGUCUACGUUCCCUACAAUGCCGUGCAGAAUGAUCGGCGUGGUGUGGAACACAUGGAUGACCUGAUGGAGGAGCCCACUGAAGCCCGCCCGCCUCAGAAGACAAACCCACAAGCCUCUAACCCAGAGACGGAAGCCCCAAAACCAGCGAACCCUCCAAAGUCCCCCACGCAGGCCUUGCUGCUUCUCCUGCAGACAGCCUUUAACCGGCAGAGCCCCGCCUUCCAGGGGCCCCGGUCAGCCUGGAGGAAACCGCCGCCUGGAAGAUUGACCUCCGUCCCGGCGACGCGAACCCCACCGCAGAAACUGUACCAGGCCCUGGACAUGGUCAACAAGUACGACAGCGUCUACAGUGACUACAGCGAUGGCUUCUACAGCACCAAGCCUUACAGGCACAGAGAUGACCGCCUGCUGCAGGCUUUGUUCCACAUCAUCCACGCUGACCAGCAGAAAUGAGAGCAGUUUGAUUCCAGAAUGGGUUGGUUGGGAAGCAGAGGACCAAGAGGAGAAGAAGAAAAGAGACCUCAAAACUCUUAUUCAGUUCUGUGUUGUCCCCCAAAAUGCUGCAUAUCUGAUCUCCUAAUCUUCAGUUCAGGAAUUAGUUUUUAGUUCUGAGUCAAGCGGAAUUUCUCUGCUCUCCUUUCGGUCUUUACUGCCUGCGUCACAAUACGUCUUUUCUCUAGGAUAAUGUUGACUUUUACGUCAGGUGACCUGCAGUGCUGUGCAAAAGUCUUGGCGAGCUUUACCUCUAAAGGCCUAGUGGCCACAUGCGUGGACAGCACCUUUUAGCUCGUAUUUCCAAAAUUGUGUACACUACUGAAUUGGGGUCUUAUGGCCGCUUAUGUGGACACUUAUACUGCCAUCUGGUGGUGUCAGAAGAGUAUAACAUACAAUGGAAUUUGGAAAAAAAAAGUGUAAAAAAAAAGAAUUAGCAUGUCACUAAACAUGAAGUACACGUUUGUGUACUUAUGGACUAAGUACAUCAUAUCAAAAGAUGAUUCUUAGUUUUUAUUUUAAUUAGGACCAAUAAGCCCAAAUAGCAAAGAGAAAUCAAAAAAGCAUGUAAACAAACAGCUUGGAGCUGUCAUUCAGACAUAGUAAAACUACACACCGUUUGAACAGUAACACUGUGUUGGAACAUUUCAUCGGGUGAUUAUUUGGCGUGCCACAGUUUGAGACUCACUGUCCUAGCGGAAUACAUUGUCCUUAAUUGAGUCAUACGGUGGCCAAGAAGGGUCACAACAAACUAAACUAACGUAGAGCAACAACUAGGGAUGUUCCAAUCAGGGUUUUAUGCUGCCGAUUCCCAUCAUCCAGGAGUGAGAUCCGUUGAUACCAAUACCCAUCACAUGGACUAACUGUACAUUUUUGUACGUUUAUUCAUUGUCAAUAUUUCAACUAGUUUCUU